GCGGCGGGCAGGGCGAGGCCGUGGGCAGGAGGGGAAUAGUGUCGGUGCUGCGGGGGAACCCUGCAGCCCCUAGCCAUGGAGUCGCAGGUAGGGCGUGUGGGGUGGGGGGAACCCGAGGAGCUGUGAGUGCCACCCGCGGCGAGAAGCGUCGGAGGAAGGACCGCGCUGAGCCCCUGACAGGUGUCUCCACCGCAAGUGCCCUUAGGAAGCAGCUCGAUGACCUAGAGACUUGGUGUUGGUUAUUGCUGCUGUGAUCUUCAGAGAUGAUGCUGGCAGAGCAAGCCCAGAAGUGGUUCCCAACUCACGUGCAAGUUACGGUCCUUCAAGCCAAAGGUCUGAAGCCAAAAGGUAAAAAUGGCAGCAACGAUGCCUACACCAUCAUACAGCUGGGCAAGGAGAAAUACUCCACCUCAGUGGCUGAGAAGACCCUGGACCCUGUCUGGAAAGAAGAGGCCUCCUUUGAGCUCCCUGGAUUACUCAUGCAGGAGAAUCCAGAAAAAUACAUCCUCUACCUGAUUGUCAUGCACAGGUCGCUGGUGGGGCUGGACAAGUUCUUGGGACAGGUGGCGAUAAGUCUGAACGAUAUAUUUGAAGACAAGCAAAGACGGAAAACAGAGUGGUUUCACCUAGAGUCCAAGCAAGGGAAGAGAACUAAAGACAGAGGAGAAAUAAAGGUCAAUAUUCAGUUUAUGAGGAAUAAUAUGACAGCAAGCAUGUUUGACUUGUCAAUGAAGGACAAAACCAAAUCUCCUUUUGCUAAGCUAAAAGACAAAAUGAAGGGUCGAAAGCCUGAUGGGACGUUUUUGGAUACAUCCUCUGCAAUCAUCCCAAGUACUCACAUACCCGAUGCAAACGUAGAGCUCUGUAGUGGUGAAGUACAAAUGAAAUCAAAACCAAAAAAACCUUUCCUCUUGGGACCUCAGAGGCUCUCCUCAGCUCAUUCAAUGUCAGACUUAACAGGAACUCAUGUCUCCUCAGACAAAAUGAAGUCCAGCACAGUUGGCUACUCUCAUCUCUUCAGGCGUCAGCUAGAAUCUUUUGGUUCGGUUGAUGAAGGUGGGGGUCUAAAAUCUCCACAUAGAAGGACAUUAAGUGUUGAUACUUCUAAAAUGAGCCAGCUUGACAGCACAGUUGAUGGAGCUGCACUUGAAGCACAAAAUGACCCAUUUACCAACGUGAGUGCUUCGUUACCCCAGAAAUUUGCUACACUGCCAAGACAGAAGAAUCCGUUUGAAGAGAGCCCAGCCACAUGGGAUCCAAACGUAGGUCUCUUUUCCAAACCUGUCGACAUCAGAAAAGAAACUAAGAAAGAGAAGAAAGAGAAAGUUAGUCUUUUUGAAAGAGUGACUGGCAAAAAAGAUAGCAAGAGGUCAGAUAAACUCAGCAAUGGGGGAUCAGAGAGCUCUACUGACUUGAAAUCGCCUGGUGCGCUCGGUGAGACUCAUCAGGAGAGUUUUGAUUACGAGUCGACUAAUCCGUUUCUGACAAACUUCAAGCCUACAAGCAUGUUACCAUCUUCAAGUUUUAAUAUAAAUCCUUCUGGCUUUGAGGACCUCAGGAAAACAAUGGAUGGAAACCCUUUCGACGCCACCGCGGGAUACCGUAACCUGACCUACGAAGAGGUUUUGCAGGAGCUGGUGAAACACAAAGAGCAGCUGAAGAAGAAGGACAGCCAUAUUCGGGAGCUUGAGGACUACAUUGAUAAUCUCCUCGUACGAGUCAUGGAGGAAACCCCCAGUAUCCUCAGAGUGCCAUACGAACCUUCUCGGAAAGCUGGCAAAUUCUCCAAAAGCUAAGGCCAGCCAUACUUUGGUGGUACUUAGAGGAAGGAAAUCACACCUUUAACAUUUUGACUUCUCUCCAUUCCUUUUCACCUAAGCAAUUCCAAGAAUCAGGGGAGGACAGGACUAUGACAUGGGGGCUUUUUUGUUCAAUUUUGGUUCCAAACACUAGCGGGGACUGCCAAAGGUAAUAUUCUGUUAGAUUGGCUAAAUAACUUUGUUGGUUUGUUUUGUUCUUUUCUUUUCUUUUUGUAAACACCUUUAGGUACAGAAUACUUACAGUUAACAAUGCAGAAUCACAGAAAACGUCUGGUUGGAAGAGACCUCAAAAGAGCAUCCAGUCCAACCUUUGACCCAGCACUGAAGGGUCGAUGCUAAACCAUGUCCCUAAGCGCCAGGUCCGCACACUGCUUAAAUAUGUCCCUGCAGUUCAUGCAACAGCUUUGUGCUCACCCUGUGACAGUUCCAACUGGGAAGCCUACGCUGUUAUGAAUGUGUUCUUGAGUGAUUGUGUCGGUAUGAUGCAAAUACAUCAAUUCAGAUACCACAGCAUGCCAUCAGGAGCACUGUUUUCAAGCUAGUGUAGUACGCUUUCCUAAACCUAACUGUGAUGUGUUGCAAUGGAAUGUAGUCUGCUCUACACACAUUAGAGGAAAACAGUGAUGCACAAUCUUUGCAGAGCAAAUGCUGUAUUCUAUACAAUGUGCUUUUUUGUAUAACAAUGUGAAAAUACUGUGCCCAUUUCAGUAAUGGCACCUGCUGGAAACAGUUUAUUUUACACUUCGAUGCUGAAUUUUGUGUAUAAUGAUUGAGCUUUGGUAGUGAGCUCAUGACAUAAGGUUGUUUUGAGGAUCUUGAGGGUUUUUUUUGUAUGAAGUUAUUGCAUGCCUUUUUAUAUGUCAAAGUACUUGGAACACAGUGUUAAUAGAGUCGGAGGUAGGGCUGAAGAGAAGUAUGGAAGAAAGAUACAAAUACUUUGUGUUCAGUCAACGUCUGCAACAGGGAGAAGGUAGGAGAAGUGAACAGACCCACUGAAACAGACAGGAUAAUUCAAAAACCACACAACUGACUCAACUGGAAGUUGAGUUUUACAUGAUCUAUAGGUGUCUUAGGGGUUUUUUUUUUAAUCUUAUGACAAUGAAGAAUAUGCCUUUAGAAAUAGGCUAUGCUGCUUAAACACAUACAGAGUACUUAGGCUUUUCAUUUAAAAAAGAAACCAAAAACUGUAUCCCUUGUAAGUAUUUCCACAGGCCAGUUUUCAUGGGGGCAAAUGAAAGGAAAGUGCAGCAAAUGUCCUUAUGGUCAUUUAAGAACUGUUUGUAAAAAGGCAUUUUAAAAAGGGAUCUGUUAUCAAUAAAUUGGUGAAUGUGUUAACGGGAAGAUACCAUAAAGGAAUCCUCACAAUAGCGAUCUAAGUAGACCUGGAUUU